AUGGAGGAUGAAAACGAAUAUAAGAAGCUACCGACAGAGGAGAAAUGUGUUCACAAGUUAUGGAAGGCUCGAGUUGCAGGAUAUGAGGAGGCCAUCAAACUCUUCAAUCAGAUUGAUGAUGAGAAAUCACCAGAGUGGAAUAAGUAUUUGGGACUGAUAAAAAAGUUUGUGACUGACAGCAAUGUCAUGGCUCAGGAGAAAGGGUUGGAAGCUGCAUUGGUGUUUGUAGAAAAUUGUGGUCAUGCUGGAAAGACUACAGGGGAAGUAAUGUCUGGAAUUGUCACAAAAUGCAUUGCAGCUCCUAAAACAAAAACAAAAGACCUUGCUCUGCAGGUAACACUAAUGUAUAUUGAAAUAGAGAAACAUGAAAUUGUUGAAGAAGAAUUAUUAAAAGGAAUGGAACAGAAGAACCCCAAAGUGGUUGCUGCUUGCAUAGUUGCUCUUACCACUGCUCUAAAACAGUUUGGCAAUAAAGUAAUAGCUAUUAAACCAAUGGUUAAGAAAAUACCCAUUUUACUUGCAGACAGAGACAAGACUGUGAGAGAUGAAAUGAAGGCAUUGGUUAUUGAAAUGCAUAGAUGGAUUGGGGCUGCAAUAGAACCACAUAUAGCAAGUCUACAAGCAGUGGUCCAGCAAGAGCUAAGAGAAUCAUUUAGUAGUGGAGGCGGUGCCCAGCCCACCAGAUAUCUUCGCUCACAACAGAGUAGAGUGCGAGAUACACCGGCAGCUGAUGCUAUUGAUGGCGGAGCUGAUGACGACGACGCAGAAACGGGCGGUGGAGACUCUGCUGAUAUGGAUCCCUACGAUCUUCUUGACCCUGUGGAAAUCUUGUCAAAAUUACCUAAAGAUUUUUACGAUAAACUAGAGAAAAAAAAAUGGCAAGAACGCAAAGAAGCUCUUGACGCAUUGGAGGGGCUUCUAAAGAAUGCUCCCAAGCUGGAACCAGGAGACUAUGCCGAUUUGGUCAGAGCCUUGAAAAAGGUUAUAACCAAAGACACGAAUGUGAUGUUAGUUGCACUUGGUGGACGAUUACUCGGAAUGGUAGCUAGUGGCCUUCGAGGAAAAUUCCAGCCUUACGCGGUUGCUUGCGUGCAAGCUAUUCUGGAGAAAUUUAAAGAGAAGAAGGCUAAUGUAGUGGCAGCUUUGAAGGACGCCAUUGAUGCUAUUUACCCUUGCACCAAUUUAGAAGCGAUAAUGGAAGAUAUGCUAGCCGCGUUCGACAACAAGAAUCCAUCGAUAAAAGCAGAAAGCGCCCUAUUCUUAGCGCGAGCAUUGUGCCAUACCCAGCCGGCAGCGUUCAACAAGAAACUAAUCAAGGCUUAUGUUGCUUCAUUACUCAAACUGUUAGAAAGUGCAGAUCCCGUGGUUCGAGACGCGGCGGCAGAGGCGCUCGGUACUGCAACCAAGUUGGUUGGAGAGAAGAACAUUGCGCCCCAUAUUGGUAAAUUGGACAAUUUGAAGGAGCAAAAAAUUAAGGAAUUCGCUGAAAAGGCUGUAAUCCAAGUCAAAGUAGCGGCACCUAAGAAGGAAGUCAAACCAAAAACUGCACCAGCAGCCGGCAAAGGAGACACCAAGGCAUCGGCAGGUUCAACUCAGCCCAAGCCUGUGAAACGACCUACCACAGGCACAAAGAAGCCAGCUACGGGUGUUAAAAAAACUGCAGCUAGGGCACAACCCAGCCCGCCAAGAGAACAGGAGUUAUCUCCGGAAGAAGUCGAUGCUAGAGCAGAGAGAUUGUUUGCAGGAGAUGUACUUAAAGGUUUAGAAGAUGGCAACUGGAAGAACCGACUUGCAGCUGUCCAAAGCCUCUAUUCAACUAUACAAGGAUUGACUACUGAUGACACCUCAGCACAGGUUCUGUAUCGCACUCUAAACAAGAAGCCUGGCCUCAAAGAUACUAAUGUGCAAGUAUUAAAAGCCCGCUUAGAAGCUUGCAAGUAUAUAACGGAAAACUUUCCAAUAUCCACCAUAGCAGCAGACUUCGUACUUCAAGACGUCGUGGCGAAGCUAGGAGAAAGUUCAUGUUCAACUGUAUCUGCAGAGUGCCUCACUGCUCUUGCUGAAGGAUGUGGACUAGAGCACGUUUUGAAUGAAGGUUUGACUUACGCCAUGGACUUGCAGAAAAACCCGAAAGUCCAGUCGGAAAUGUUUAAUUGGAUGUGUGUCGCUAUCAAAGAGUUUGGAUUUACAAUGAAUGUAAAAUCAAUCGUCGCACAUUCGAAGAAAGCUCUCUCUGCGACAAACCCUAAUGUACGAACGUCGACCGUCAACUUUCUUGGAAUAUUGUCGCUCUAUGUUGGCCCAUGUUUAAUAAACCACUUCGACAGUGAGAAGGCAGCUACUAAACAGUUGAUAAGUCUUGAACUGGAUAAAUAUGCUAAUAGCACGCCACCAACACCUACACGACAAAUAGGACGAGUUAGUAAGUCCGCAAGUAAAGCUUCAGUGGGUGACGAAUUGGAAGAAGGAUGUGAGGACGCUAUAGAAGAGGAACCUGCUGUGGUGGAUGACAAUAGACCGCGUACCGACAUCGCUCCACUCAUUACCGAUGCGCUUAUAGGUGAAAUAAAUGAUAAAAACUGGAAGGUGCGUAAUGCAGCUCUUGACAAAUUAAAAGCUAUUAUCACUACAUCGUCCCCUAUCAAGGCAACUCUAGGCGAGUUACCAGCAGCUUUAGCUGCAAGGUUGGUGGACUCGAACUCAAAACUCGCCCAGAGCGCGCUGCAUAUCUGUGAAUCUCUUGCUGUUGCAAUGGGCCCAAAGUCAAAACAACAUGUGCGCACAUUCUUCCCAUCAUUUUUUCAAGCCUUUGGUGAUAGUAAACAAUGGAUCCGAUCGGCUGCCGUGUCGUGCGUGGAAACGUGGUGUCGCGAAGCGGGCCCUCAGACGCCCUUCGAGGGCGAAAUGAUAUACGACGCCUUAAAAUCUGGCUCCCCUGUACUGAGAGCGACCUUGUUGCAGUGGUUAGCCGAUCACCUUCCUAAUGUGGCACCGAAAUCGUUUGGGCGUGAGGAGCUGUCUGUGUGCGUGCCGCUGCUGUUCGCGUGCCUGGAAGACCGCGCGGCCGACGUGCGCAAGGCGGCCGCAGACUGCGUGCUGCCCUUCAUGCUGCACCUCGGCUACGAGUCCAUGCACAAGCUCCUCGACAAGCUCAAGCCUGGCUCAAAAACAGUUGUUCAAGCAGCUCUAGAUAAAGCAAGACCCAACCUUCCUGUUCAACCUUUACCAGCUAAAGCCAAAAAAGAUGAACCAAAAGGAGUCAAAUCAGGAGGCGGACUUAAGAAAGAUGUCGAGAAAAAAGUCUCACAGCCCGUUAAAGGAAAGGGCCCUGUUAAACCUUCUUCAGCAUCUAGUCGGGGAAAGAAAGAAGAUGAAGACUGUACUCCAUUACUACCUAACAAUAACUCCAAAAACCAAAGAAUCAUUGACGACCAGAAGUUAAAGGUUUUGAAAUGGAACUUUACGACUCCACGGGAGGAAUUCUUUGACUUGUUGAAGGAACAAAUGACGAGUGCUGGUCUCAAUAAGCAGCUCAUCGCCAACAUGUUCCACAGUGACUUCAGAUAUCAUUUGAAAGCAAUUGAAGCUCUAUCUGAGGAUCUUCAUGAGAAUGGUCCGGCACUUAUGGCUAACCUGGACCUUGUUCUCAAGUGGUUGACACUACGCUUCUUCGACACAAACCCUUCCGUCAUAUUGAAGGGACUUGAAUACCUUUCUUUGGUUUUUCAAUACCUCAUGGAUAAUGACUACACUAUGGCCGAGUAUGAGGCUAAUUGCUUUAUUCCGUACCUUGUGCUUAAGGUUGGAGACCCAAAGGAUACUGUUCGUAACGGCGUAAAGGCUUUAUUCCGACAGAUUUGCGUAGUUUAUUCCGUGACAAAGUUAUUUGGAUACCUAAUGGAAGGGCUAAAGUCGAAAAAUGCAAGACAGCGAGCUGAGUGCCUGGAGUGCAUCGGGCACCUGGUGGAGACGUACGGGUCGACGGUGAUGGCGGGCGGCUGCGGCGCGGCGCUGCGCGAGCUGGCGCGCCACAUCGGCGACCGCGACAACGCCGUGCGCUCCGCCGCGCUCAACGCCGUCGCCGCCACCUACUUCCUCGAGGGCGAGAAGGUCUACAAGAUGAUCGGACAGAUAUCCGACAAAGAUCUUUCGUUGCUUGAGGAAAGAAUAAAACGUGCGAGCAAAAGUCGCAGCGCGGAAGCGAGAAGGUCCAUGUUGGUGCCUCUGUCAGCUUCUGGGAAACCCAUACAACCUAUGCCUGAGGAUGAACCACCGAGGCGUGUCAUAUCGGUUGAUAGCGUUCCAGCCGCGGAAUAUGAAGAAGAAGAAGAAGAAGUUGAGGAACCACCACCGCCUCCUGUUGCGCAACCUGUGUGUGCCGAGCCUCGUGUGGUGUCGGGCCCGUUCGGGCUGGACCCCGAGCUGAUCGCGCAGCUGGACGCGGCCGUGCCGGUGACGCGGCGGCCCGAGCUGCCGGAGAUCGACCUCAAGUUCCUGGACGAGCCCGUGCCCGCCGCCGCCGUGCGCGCGCUGCCCGCACCCGCGCAGCCCGCGCGCAACAACAUGGUGACAAUGUCUCCACCUCGACAUAUGACCCCGCAUCCGCUAGUGGCGACACAGCACACGCAGCACAAUCAGACAUCGGUCGACGAUUCACAGCUCGCAGAUACUAUACACUCUAUAGCCAGUCCCGACCUCAAUGCGGCGAUCCGCGCGCUGUCGCUGAUCUCGGGCGCGCUGGUGUCGGGGCGCGGCGCGGCGCUGGGCGCGCACGAGGCGCGGCUGCUGGCGGCCGUGGCGGCGCAGCUGCGGCGCCUGCGCACGCACCACGCCGACGCGCCGCACCACACGCUGCCCGCCUACAAGUGCCUCGCCGGCGCGCUCAACACCUUCUACGAUACGUCUGGGUGUGGCGGGAACGUGAACGAGGCGGCGCUGUGCGCGCUGCUGGGUGAGCUGCUGCGCGUGCUGGGAGGCGCGGGGGCGGGGGCGGGGGCGGCGGGAGGCGGGGGCGGCGACGCGGAGCGGCUCGUGCGCAUCCUCAACAACGUGUGCGUCAGCGUGCUCGAGCACUCGCCGCGCACGCCGCUGCUCUGUGCGAUAGUUUCACUUCUUCACGAAUCGAUUGGGGUUUCUGAUCCUGCUUACCCACGCUACCAAGAUUUGUUACUGAAGUGCUUCUGGAAGACCCUCAAGAUGAUCGCCACCUGGGACGUAAACUCUAUAGACUAUGACGCGGUGCUAUAUAAGAUUCAUCUGUUUUACAAAGCCUUCCCAAACAGCUACUGGAAGAAAAAUGCGGAUAUCAGUGAUACACCUUAUAGAACUGUAAAGACUCUUGUCCAUACAUUGGUGAAGAUGAAAGGAGCAUCGAUAACCAACCACUUAACUCAAAUACCAGAUGUCAAUGAAUCCGACCUCUAUCCUUAUUUGCAUAAAGUACUGAAGCAAUUGAAACUGGAUGACAAAAAAGAAAAUACGGCGGAGUCGCUGAAUGGUGGAGGUGGUAUUCCUGGGGGUAUGGGAGUGGGUAUGGGCAUAGGAGUAGGAGCAGGAAAUGCGGCACUUCAGGCCGGCCGGCUGCCUCGCGCACUACACGAAGAGUUGGCGUUAAUUCUUAAGCGCAUUGGCUCCAAAGACCAUAAUCGAGACGCGCUUUCGCAGCUCUAUGACCUUAGGGAACGUCACCCAGAGGUGGACAUUUGGACAUUUAUGCAGGGCUCAUCAUUUUAUUUCCGUAAUUAUGUGGAGCGUGGUCUGCGGGAAGUAGCCGAGCAACGCAAGAUGGCGUCAGUACCGUUGUAUAAGCAUGAUUAUAAAAAUGAAAACAUAGAUAUUAGUAACGAAAACGAUGAAAAGUCACACCUCAUAUUUCUGGAGCGAUUGAGGGCUUUACAGGCUAAAGCUGGAAUGAAGACUGAAUCGAACCCGUCAUCCCAGCCGCGCACACCAGUGGGCGACAAUCGGGCUCUCACUGACUCUAUCAAUGAAAACACUUUACCCCGAUCACAUAGUAUUGACCCACAGCUUGAUUUGCAUACUACACAAUCUGUAUCGCAGAAGAACGAAGCCGCGGUGGACGCUCUUCGCCUUAAACUACAACAGAUCAAGAGUUCGUCCAAGAGAUAG